AUGGCGGCCAACAUGCAGCACAUGUCUGGGGCCGGCCAGAUGAUGCAACAGCCGAUGCGAAAACCGACCCCUACUCAGCUACAGCAGAUUGUUUACCAGAACCUAGUGCAGCACACACAACCGUUUACGGGAAUAUGUUGGCAAUCUAACGUAGCUAUCUCUGAUCGAAUGGGAAAGACUAUGAACCUUAUCACAAACAUCUCUCUGGCUAUGAAUGGAAGCGACUUCAUGAAGGGUGCCGAAUGGGGAUGCAACUUUGAGCGCGAGGCGUUCCACAAAUCGGCAACAAAGGAAGCGUAUGACCAAGAGAUGGGUAAUAAGAUCAUGGAUUUCUACAAGCGACGACAGGCCAACGAAUCCAACAUCCAGAACAGCAUCAACGCCAGCGCGCAGGCACAAGCCCAAGCCCAAGCCCAAGCGAUGAUGAGCAUGCAAAUGGGGCGUGGUAUGGGCCAAGGUGCUCAACAAGGCUUUCAAGGCAUGCAACACCCCAUGCAAGGUGGCCAAAUGGGCCAGGGGCAGCAACAAUCGCCAGCGGGUGCGGGGAUGAAUAUGGGCAUGUCAAACCAAGCUGGCCGUGGUAUGGGCCCGGGGCAGCAAAUGGUGGGCAUGCCCGGAGGACAAAACAGACCACAAGGCGGUCCGCCUUCCCAAGAGAUGGCCCGACUUUCUCCGCAGGAUAGGGUCAAGGUUGCAGAGCUUGCGACUAAAAUGUACAGCACCGCCUCGGAGCAGCAAAAGCAGAGCACCCGCAUGCAACUCGCACAACGGGUGCCACCAGCUCAAAUGGCCGAGCUGCAAGCCCAGGGUAAAGACCCCUUGAUGUGGUUUUACCAAAACCAGGCAUUUGGUGUUCUGAGAGCGAACAUGACAAGGAUACAACAGCAGCAGCAACAGCAAGGUGGUAUGCCCCAGGCUGCCAACAACAACCAGGCUCCUUUGAUGCAGCAGCAGGCAAGCCAACAAUCUCUUCGCCAGCAGCAAUCUCAGCUCCAACAGCAAGGACAGCAGCAGCAGCACGGCAUGAUAAAUGGUGCGCAAGGGGGCAACGACCCUGCCUACUUCCCACCCAACAUGGAUAGCAUCAAAGAUCAACAGAUGAAUGGUUUGAUGGCCCAGCAAGCUGGUCAGAUGGUCGUGCCUGCCACUGCCCAGAACCGAAAUCCUACGCCACAGCCGAUGGGCCAGAACGCCUCACAACAAGGUCCCAACCAAGGCCCGCGACCACCCCAACAGCAGCAGCCACAGCAGAACAUGAAUCUCCAACAGAUGAAGAUGAACCAGGCGGCCCAGCAGUCCCAAGCACAACUCCAGGCCCAGCAGCAGAUGAAGCAGAUGCAGAACCAAGCAGGCAUGGGAGGAAACAUGCAGCCUUCUCAAAGCCCUGCCAUGAACACCCUUAACACGCCUGUUUCUCGACCGGCUAAUAACAUGAGUCAGGGACCAGGCCAGGGCAACGUGCAAUUUGGAGAUCAGCGGUUCAAUCAGGGAGCACAGCGACCUAACAACCAGACCUUCCAAAAUAUGCUAGCCAGCUUACCACAAGAGCAACGGGCAAUUGUUAGCGGCCUGACCCCAGACAAGCUGAAUGAGGUGAUGCAACGAUGGCAGACUAAGCGCCAGGAGCAGAUGGGCUUGAAUGGUGGACAGGUCACUCCAGGACAAAUGCCUAACCGACCCCCCAGCCAGAUGGGCCAGAUGAAUGCAAACAUGGGUGGGCAAAUGCCUGUCGGUAUGCAACAAUCGCAGAACGGUGUGCCUAUGAAUGGCAACCCCCAGCAAAUGCAAAUGCCUCGCAUUCCUCCUAACCAGCAGAUGGCCAUGAUGGACUCGAUGGACCUGCCACCUCAAGUUCUCAACCAGCUCCAAAACCAACUGCCUCCGGAUAUUAAGAAAUGGGGCCACCUCAAGGGAUGGCUUCUACAGAACAAUAUUCCAGGGCAAUUGCGGACUCAACUGUCAGCGAUCCAGCAAAAGCAGUUCCAACUCAUUGUUCAGCGACGCGCUAGCAUGAUGCCCCAACAACCGCAACAACCACAGGGACCGCAGCAAGGACAGCAAAUGUCACCUCAACAGCAAGCUCAGCUGCCACAACAGCCUGGCCAAAACAAUGUCAACAAUGGUAUGCAAGCGGCAAAUGGACCCGGACCUAAUCCCAUGCAGGCAGCACGGCCACAGAUCUCUAACUUCCCACCCCAUCUCCUCCAAGCAUCUCCCCAAGAGAUGGCUCAAGUCAGGGCUUCACGGCCGAAUCUGGCUCAAAUGCCAGAUGAGUCGUUGCGCAAUAUGAUCAUCCAAAUGAAGAAGCAGAGUUGGGUACAAGCUCAGCAGGUGCGUACCGAGCAACACGUCCAGGCUCAAAACCAGGCUCAAGCUCACGCACAGGCACAGGCGCAAGCACUUGCUCGUAAUCCAGGUCAAGGCCAGCAAGGCAUCCAGAACCCGAUGGGUGUACCUCACAACUCGAUGCAACUUCAACAACCGCCCCAGCCUAAUCAGACCCCUCAGACACAGAAUGUGUCAAUGCCAAAUGGUAUGGGACAAAAUGCUACUCCUCAACAGCCGGGCCAGAAGCAACCGAACGUCAGUCCAGAGCAGACGCGUGCUCGACCACAGCCCACGAACAACCGAGCUCAACCAACCAACCCGUCGCCGGCUGCCCCCCCAAAGAACCUUAAGCGUUCCAGCAGCGACGAUAACAUUGACGUGCCCGAAGCUACCAAGCCAGCGCCCGCGACGAAUGUAACGCAACAAGCCCAACCACAGCAAGUUCGAGGACCGCUAAAUCCCCAGCAAAUCGCAACGCUAUCGCCGGAACAACGAGCCAAAUACGAGCAGAUGAUGAAGGCUCAGAUGAGUAAGGCAGGUCAAAUGCAACUCCAGGCAGCGCAGACGCAGCCACAGAAUGAGAUCAUGGUACGCCUCAAGGCUCUUGGACAGGAGGAGCAAAGGCAAUCAAUGCUAGAGAACAUGCCAGAAAUAUCUAUGUCACCACAAGAGCACGGCGAAACGGCAGCCAAGUUGCAAAGAAUUGUUGUAGAUAUGAGCAAGAUCGGUCGCGGCCUUAGUAAGUGGUACGGCCUUACACAUGAUGACAAACGCGCAAAGCUGUUCUUCCGAACGCGAUGGAGGAUCCUGAAGCAGUUUUCCGAUGGUGAAAGGAUGAGCGUGCUCAAAAAGAAAUUCUCAAUUCGGUCAUUGGAAAUAGAUCAAGCACGAGCUAUGCUUGAGAGCAUGGCUAAGGAUCUGGCUGCUAGCAUGUACGCUGCCAGGGCUAAGCAGCAACCUACACCUAUAGCCCAGCCUGCCCAGCCUGCACAACCGCAACAACCAACUCAAGUACAAGGAGGACAGCCAGCCCCCGUAGAAGCCGAAACCCGCAGGAACUCGCACGCUCAAGUCACGACUCCUAAAGAAGGUAACAAGGGUUCCAAGGCCCCACCCGCUCCAACGACCUCUCAGCCGCCCUUCCAGUUCAAACCCAAGGAGAUCAACCUGCAUCUGCCGCCAUCCCGGAAGAAGCAGAAGACCAAUGGGCAGACACCACAGGGCGCUACGCCUUCGCCGCAGAUCAGCAAGAAGGGAUCUCCCGACCUCCGGAGGACGUCCGAGUCUCAAGUAACCCCCAAGCCGGUUCUUCUCUGCAAGGAGCCCGAAUGCGAGUUCUCGACUACUGGCUACAGCACUCAACAAGCUCUUCAGCAGCACAUUCAUGAAGAGCACACGAAGCCACGGGAGGAUCCCUUGAAGUUCGUUCAAGAAAACUUGGCCCUGGCUUUAGGACUUGAGCCCGAUGGCUCUGCUAGAAAGGAUCAGGGUCCUGAGGCGGCCUCGAUGAGCCUGUCCAAUUCUAAGCAGGGGCAGACACCUGUCACGAUGGCGGCCACUCCCGCGUCUAUCGAUGGUGGGAUGAAGCGAUCGGCCAGCAGUAUGGGCAAACCUCAAGACAGCAAGGCUGGCAUCAAGGCUGGCACCACCCCUAGGUUGGCAGAUGCCAAGGUUACUAACACCACUGUCGUUGAUCCUUGGGCCAACGCCACUAUCGACACUGAGAUGUUGGUGAAUAAUCUUGGAAUUGAAGGCAGAUACGGGUUCUACGACAACCCAUACCAAGACUACAACGCUCUCAGUUACUUGACACCUAGGGACACACCUGAAUCUACCAAGGACACUGGCAGCAGCGAGCCCAACAGUGAUAUCCCCGAAGGCGCAUCCCUCGAUAUAAACUUGGACUGGUAUAACGUUGACACCGACUUGUUGCUCAACAUGACGACUAAUCUGGACGGAAACGGUGGUCCUGGCAACGAGAUGACAAGCAUGGAUCCUUCUUUGUUAUUUGAACAGUCAUCACUACAAGAACCGGACUGGAGCGACGUCAAGAUGGAUUUCUCGAAACCUUUCCAGUUCGACACUAGCCAAUACUACCACAUGGCUACCUCAUAA